UUUUAUACCCUGUUUACCCUCUUUCUCUGUCCAUCCAUUUCUCCCUCUUUUUUUCUUUUUCUUCUUUUUUAUCCUCUCAAAAUCCUUUUUCUGUUGCAGAAUUUACUCGUUUUGUGGAGUAUGCCAAAAGAUGGGGUUUUUCCUGGGAAGAAGCAGAUGAGUUGUGCCGAACACUAGAGGAGAAAGAGGACAGUUCAUGUACUGCCUCAGAAAUGGCAGAUGUGAUCUACCAUGCUAUGUCAUUUGUAGAUUUGCAAUUUCCAAAUGGACAGUUGACCUACGUAUCUUAUGAGGGGCUGACAACAAGUGCUUUCCUUCCUCUUUGUGGGGGCCUUCUUCAGGCUCAGGGCCAAUACCCAGGGGAAAUGAGAUAUAGUUUCUCAUGCAAGAAUAAAUGGGGAACUCGUAUCACACCUAUGGUUCUAUGGCCUAACAAAUCAUUUGCACUGGGUCUUUCACAAGCCUUGGCUUGGAAGCGGUCUGGGCUCAUGAUGAAGCUAUCCAUUCAAUUUAGAGCUCGGCGUUCUAAGUGGAACGGAAAUGUUGGGAACUCGGGGAUAGUAGUAAGAGUUGACACGCCGCUGUCCAGUGUGGGACGUCCAUCCUUUUCUGUUCAGAUAAACAACGUAAUUGAAUUUUGAUAAGUUUGACACCCAAAGCAUAGUGUAGAAGUGUAUAUAUAGAGUGUCAUGCACGUAGACAAAUGACAUCACAUGUGAAUACCACGAUGUUACCUCUCUUAACUACACUAAUUUCUGAUCUAAGUUUGGAUA